AUGUCACACUGCUACUACUCACUCCUCACUCCCUCUCCUCAUUCCUCACCCCCUCUCCUCACUCCUCACCCCCCUCUCCUCACUCCUCACCCCCUCUCCUCAUUCCUCACCCCCUCUCCUCACUCCUCCCCCCUCUCCUCACUCCUCACCCCCUCUCCUCACUCCUCACCCCCUCUCCUCACUCCUCACCCCCUCUCCUCACUCCUCACCCCCUCUCCUCAUUCCUCACCCCCUCUCCUCACUCCUCACCCCCUCUCCUCACUCCUCACCCCCUCUCCUCACUCCUCACCCCCUCUCCUCACUCCUCACCCCCUCUCCUCACUCCUCACCCCCUCUCCUCAUUCCUCACCCCCUCUCCUCACUCCUCACCCCCUCUCCUCACUCCUCACCCCCUCUCCUCACUCCUCACCCCCUCUCCUCACUCCUCACCCCCUCUCCUCAUUCCUCACCCCCUCUCCUCACUCCUCACCCCCUCUCCUCACUCCUCACCCCCUCUCCUCAUUCCUCACUCCCUCUCCUCAUUCCUCACCCCUUCUCCUCACUCCUCACCCCCUCUCCUCACUCCUCACCCCCCUCUCCUCACUCCUCACCCCCUCUACUCACCCCCUCUCCUCACUCCUCACCCCCUCUCCUCACUCCUCACCCCCUCUCCUCAUGCCUCACCCCCUCUCCUCACUCCUCACCCCCCUCUCCUCAUUCCUCACACCCUCUCCUCACUCCUCACCCCCUCUCCUCAUUCCUCACCCCCUCUCCUCACUCCUCACCCCCUCUCCUCACUCCUCACCCCCUCUCCUCAUUCCUCACACCCUCUCCUCACUCCUCACCCCCUCUCCUCAUUCAUCACCCCCUCUCCUCACUCCUCACCACCCCCUCUCCUUAUUCGACUCCUCUCCUCACUCCUCAUUCCUCUCCCUCACUCUUCACCCCCUCUCCUCACUCCUCAUUCCUCUCCUCACUCUUCACCCACUCUCCUCCUCACACCAAUAA